GAGGCAGCCCUCAGCUCUCAUGUCAACUGACGACACAUAAGCAUGGCCGCCGCCAGUGGAAAGUCAGUGUUGUUCGUGUGCUUGGGGAACAUCUGCAGGUCCCCUAUUGCUGAGGCUGUCUUCAGGAAGAUGGCCACAGACAGCGGUGUGGUGGACAAGUGGAGGAUAGACAGUGCAGCCACCUCUACCUAUGAGAUUGGCAACCCCCCUGACUACCGUGGCCAGGCCUGCAUGAAGAAGCACAGUGUGCCCAUGCGGCAUGUAGCUCGCCAGGUGACAAAGCAGGACUUUGAGUCAUUUGAUUACAUUCUGUGUAUGGACGAAAGCAACCUGAGUGAUCUCAAAAGGAAAGCAAAUUCUAUAAAGAACCUUAAAGCCAAGAUAGAGCUGCUCGGCUCAUAUGAUCCUGAGAAUGAGCUGAUUAUUCAAGACCCAUACUACGGGAGCGAUAAGGACUUCGAGACCGUGUAUGAACAGUGUGUCAGAUGCUGCAGUGUCUUCCUGGAGAAAAACUCCUAACACUAGUAACACUCCUAAUAUACACAGGCACCCACGCAACAGCGGCCAUCACGUGGGGUCCAAGUAUUGCAGUAUGAGCAACACAUCAUCAGUAUACACAUAACACAACUCUGUGUGAGAGAUCCUAUGUCUAAAUUGUGAGAGAAACUAAAGUUCUGUGUCAUUUAAGUACAGUCUAAAAUUCUGCUGUUGACAUGCUGACCUCUUUCACUGAAGGGAAUAUAAAUAAUAAACAUCAAUUAAAAAUGAUAUAAAUUAA